CACAGCGAAGGAUACGGACCAGUAGCUACAGCUCACUGCAGUAGAGGAGACGAGCAGAUGCGAUACAGAUAUUCCUCCAGUAUGGAUCUGACCGAAGAGGAUGACUAUGAUUACCACAACAACCUCACCCUGAACUACAGCUACGAGGACUAUCACACCGUGUGUGAGAAGGCUGACGUGCGCUCCUUCGCUGGCCUCUUCCUCCCUGUGGUGUACACAGCCUGUGUGGUGGUGGGGCUAGCAGGGAACUCCCUGGUGCUAGCUGUGUACGCCUACCACAAAUGUCUGAGAAGAACCAUGACGGAAGCCUUCCUAGCCCACUUGGCCGUAGCCGACCUCCUCCUCCUCCUCACCCUGCCCUUCUGGGCUGCAGACGCGGCGCUGGGCUGGGAGCUGGGCCUGCCUCUCUGUAAGCUGGUCUCGGCUUGCUACGCCAUCAACUUCACCUGCUGCAUGCUGCUGCUAGCCUGUGUUAGCAUGGAUCGCUACCUAGCAUCUGUUAGAGCGGAGGGCAGGAACCAGGGAAGGCUGGGCAGGGUCUUCACCCGGGCGCACUGUGGGAAGGUCUGCCUAGGGGUGUGGGCUGUGGCUUUUCUCCUGGGUCUUCCCGAUCUUCUGUUCUCCACAGUAAGGGAGACCUCCGGGAGGAGGGUCUGCAUGGCCAUCUACCCGCCCAGUCUAGCCCGGGAGGUCAAAGCCUGCCUGGAGGUGGUUGAGGUCCUACUGGGUUUCCUGGUUCCUCUCCUGGUUAUGAUGUGGUGCUACGCCAGCGUGGGGCGUGUGCUGAGGCGGCUGCCCGAGGAGAGCAGGAGCAGGAGGCGGAGAGCUAUCCGGGUGUUGCUGGUCGUGGUGGGGUUGUUCGUGGUCACCCAGUUGCCCUAUAACGUGGUAAAGAUGUGGCGGGCGAUGGACUCGGUCUACACACUGGUGACCCACUGUGGUGUGAGUAAGGCCCUGGACCGGGCGGCACAGGUCACUGAGAGCCUGGCUCUGACCCACUGCUGUCUCAACCCACUACUCUAUGUCUUCCUAGGUUCCUCCUUCAGACAAUAUGCGCUGAAAGUAGCCAAGGCGUUUGGAGAAAGGACAAAGAGGAGAAGGGGGGAGCAGAGAGAGGACGAAGGAACGGAGAUGUCCUUCAACUCUCACAACACUGCCUCUCAGGAGACCAGCACCUUCUCCAUAUGAAAUAGAAGAGAGAGGGGGGGGGAGAGAGAGAGAGAGAGGGAGAGAGAGAGAGAGAGAGAGAGAGAAUCUCUUUGGCUAACACCAUUGUAUCACAUGAGAUUCUAGCACUUUUAUAGAAUGAGGACCUCCUCAACCCACCAAAAACUCCCCUCAAGAAAGCCAGUCUGGAAAGAUCUAACCAAAGAUGACUUCAACAGACAUCUGACCUGGACACAAUGGGAGUUACCGGACCUGACAAAUAAUCACCUCAUCCCCACCCCCACGCAACAGCCCCCUGGUUUCAACCUCCCCGGGAAGGAGGGAUUCACCCUCAAUAGGUUCAGGACUGGCCACGGCCCAUACCUCGCCAACCUCCACCAAUGGGGCAUGAAAGAAAGCCCACUAUAUGCCUGUGGGGUGGUGCAAACCCUGCACCACAUUCUUGAAGUCUGUCCAAUCUACAAACUCAGCAGAGGCCUCCUCACCCUUAACACAGCGGGACUGGAAGCAAUCACUUGGCUAAAAGAUCUGAUUCAUAAUCUUGCUUCAGUGUAUUAAGAAGCUAUCAGUGCUGUAUAACCAGAUGCUUUAGUAUCAUUAAUACUAUAUAUCUGCUGCUAUGGAAUUAUUGAGCCCAACCAGGGGAAGGGUAAGGACUAGCCUGGUCCCAGAUCUGUUUGUAAAUGUGCUGUCGUGCCAGCUCCUAUGGUCAUUGUCAAGGGGAAGUGACAAAACAGCACAAACAGAUGGGAUUAGGCUAAGGAGAUGCAUUCCAGUUAUCAAAAAGGGUCUAGCAUAAAAAAAACGAGUAGAUUCAUGCUCUACCCUGCAUCUUGAAACCACAUUUUUGUUUUGACACCAGCCCUUGUCCUCAGACAUGUGGUUGACAAUGACCUCUGGGAUAGGGAAGUGUUUACAUUCCUGUCUUUUUCUGUCAAAACAACGACAAGUUCCAGAUGUUAAUUAAAGGGAAAUGAUAGGGUUGCACAGAACGCAAACACACACACCCUCUCGAUUGGCCUAGCAUGUUGGGGAGUUCACACUUGUCAGUGCGGCCAGGGUACAUUGUAAUCGUGUGAGAUAAGAAAAUGGCUAUUUGAAGUUGUAAGUUACUCGUGCUAAUAGCAGUCCUCUGGGAUGGGUGGUGCCGCUAAUUACAAUCUCAUUAACUCAUUCCUCAAAAUGUCAGCCACGACAAAACAGGUCAAUCUUCUCCACUCUCUAAAAAAACAGCUGCAUUAUGUGGGCUGGGUCAGCCUGACCUCAGAGCCAUACAAGACAUAUCAUAUGUAUUUUUGACCACCUCCAGGACGUGAUAACUACAAAUGGUCUAGUUACUUUAGACAGAAACAAAACUAGGGAGGUUGGUCAGGGAGGAUGGGUGGGUGUAAUCUGCGACCGUCUAGCAAUCCAAAGGGUUGCAUGUUUUUGAGUCGCGUCAGUGGCAACUGUAGCAUCUUAGCUAACCCUUCCCCUAACCCUUAUUCUAAAUGUAACCCAUUUCACCUAACCUGCUACAGAAAUAUAACAUUUACAUAAGUAUUCACACCCAUGAGUCAAUACUUUGUAGAAGUGAUUACGGCUGUGAGUCUUUCUGGGUAAGUCUCUAAGAGCUUUCUUUGCACACCUGGAUUGUGUAACAAUUACUCAUUAUUCUUUUCCAAAAUUCUUCAAGCUCUGUCAAAUUUGUUGUUGAUCAUUGAAAGACAACUAUUUUCAGGUCUGCCAUAUAUUUUCAAAGUAGAUUUAAAUCAAAACUGUAACUCAGCCACUCAGGAACAUUCACGGUCUUCUUGGUAAGCAACUCCAGUGUAUAUUUGGCCUUGUGAUUUAGGUUAUUGUCCUGCUGAAAGGUGAAUUAAUCUGCUAGUGUCUGGUGGAAAGUAGACUGAACCAGGAUUUUGCCUGUGCUUAGCUCCAUUCCGUUUAUUUUUUAUCCUGCGGCAACAUAGGCGGAUGAAAUGAAUUGAUGAAAUGAACUGAGACGCACGAAGCCCACGCAAAAAAACAUAUCUCUUAUCUUAAACUGACAGAUUUUGAUGGGGAUUUUAUUAUGUUUCAUAGAUUGACGCACCGGUGCCAGAACAAAAGUACUCUAUUGGGGUGUUAUUUUCUAAAGUACUAAUCUUGGGAUCAGAGGAAUCUCUAAAGAUGUCAGUCCUGGGAACAAUGUCAAUCCCUCAGUCUCAAAACUAAAGACACUCUAAAGACCAGCAUCACCCGAAGACCCAGAGACAUUGUUCGUAAUAUUCAGUUUGUAACAUGUUUCAUUUUCCUUAAGAGUGUGGUAGGAAAAAUAUAACUAUUAUUUCACCUGCUAAAGACCAGUGAGCCUUUCAAAAAACCUGAGGCAUCUGCUCUGUAUAUUACACACAUUUUGACAUGAUCAGUCGAUGCUCUUAGCCAAAACCUUUUGUUGUGGACAAAAUGUUGAGUAACAUCCCCACUCUUUCCACCCUAAAGAAAUCAAGAAAUCUGUUAGGUAUAUUUAUUAUUCAGCUCCUUGUCUGCUACCACCUCAGAAAUUCACCCCAUUGCGAGUGAGCAGCAAGAUUGAGACCGGCUUUUAAACAUUUGUUAGUUGUUAAAGGUCCAGAACAGUUAUUCUGAUUCACAUGUAAAAUAGCCUUUUGAGUGACUGAAAUAUCCCCUAUACUUGGCAUAGAAAUGCUCAAAAUUUGAGAAAAACUACUCUUUCUAUCAGAAAUGUUUAAAAUACAGGCUGAGUGGGCAGGGAUCUUACUUACUGAAAUUCCUAUGUCAAGAAACUUGGAUGCAGUGAGCAGUGUUGCAGUAAAAUCAUCUCAUGCUAAUUUGGUGAUACACAAAGCAACUCAAACAUUGAAAUUGCAUCAAUAAUGUCAAAUCUUUUACAUCUGCCAUUCGGCAUGUCUCUUGUGAUGAGGUUCAACAGCAGCAGCGACAGAUGUGUUGACAUGACAACUGUGUCAAGAGUUUUGAAAGACUCCUCCUCCUUUUUUAUUCCAUGCAGGCUGAAGACCUAGCUAGCCAGUAACUAGUCUAAACUUUUAAUUGUAUUUGCUGAAACCCUAAUCAAAUGUUCAUACUUCGAUCUGGUUUCAUCCAAAUAUCAAAUUUUGUGAAAAACAUGAUUUUGACUGUUCAUGACCCUUAACCUGCUCUUAGUUUUUAAUUCAAAGUGAUCUAUCAAAGUGUUGAUGUUUUGGUUGCAAUCUGGUACCAUCUGAGCUUGUUGUUGAAAUGCCUUGUUUUUACACUUUUUUUCCUGUACAAUGUCAACAAAUAAACACCAUUCUUACU